AUUAAAAUUUUCAAUUGCUAGUUGUACCUGAAGUCAUAGAGACAAAGUUCACCGCAUUUUCCAACUCAUUCCACCGCCAUAAACCCAAAGUCACCUCCUCCCACCUUAUCACACAAUCCCUAUAAAUACAUUAUUCUCUUCCUUUGGAAUCUCAUAAACUUUCUACCCUUCUCAUUUUAUAACUUUCUCUCACUUAAAAACUCAACAAAAAAAUGGCCUACACAAAAACUAAAGUAUUCUUCUUACUUUCUCUCUUGGUUGCCACUUCUAUGGCCCAAGCACCCGCACCAACACCCACCACCGCCCCCGUAACACCCACGGCCGCCCCUUCACCCGCACCAACCGCCGCAACACCCGCCGCAACACCCGUAUCAGCACCUACAACAUCCCCUGUUGCCACUCCCACUGCUACCCCAACCCCAACCCCGUCAUCGGCUCCCGCUACUAGUCCUUCUGCCGAGACCCCUGCUGCACCUGCCCCCGCUGUCGAAGGCCCGGGUGCUUCUGGUCCAUCAGUAGAGGGCCCAGGGGCUGGUGGUCCUUCAGCCGAUACCCCCGCUAGUGACAACACUAAUUCUGCAGGAACGUCUGUUGUUGCCGGUGCCGUUCUUUUUGGUGGGUUCGUUGCUGCUUUGAUGAUUUAAUUUGAUGAGAUUUUUUUAGAUGUUUUUGUUUGUAUUUAAUUUUGGGUUUAAAAUUUUAAAUUUAAUUACAUUUAUUGAAUUUGGUUGUUGACUGUUGAGGUUUUUGAGGAUUAUUAUUAUUAUUAUUAUUUUGGGGAUGGAUUUCAUGGAUUCUUAGGUGCUUUUAUGAGUAGAAAUUCUUUUGUAAAGAAUCCCAUGUACAUGGAUUAUUAUUACUAAUAAAAAGUUAAUUAAUUUUACUGAAUUUCACUA